AUGUCUGAAAGAAUUUCUAUUGAAAAUAUUGAAGACAAAAUCUUAAAGCGCAAAAUGAUAGAAGAAUCAGAGACAACACUAAGAAAGGAAUCAAAGAAUAUAAUAACAUUCUUUGAAGCAGAUUCUGAGAAUGACAAAAUGGUAGAAGUGGUGGAGUCAAAGCUGUACAAAGAAUAUAAGGUAAUAACACCAUCCAUUCAAUCUGAAGAUUUAUUUACCGUAAGACUUGGGAGCAACACUAAGCCAACUUCGAAUCUCUUAGAGAAAAAUGAAUAUUCAAGUUCAUCGCAAAAUGUUAUGGCUGAACUUUUAUCUCAACAGGAAGUGAAAAAAAUUUCUUGUCUUUUUUGUAACAAGAAAUUUUCAAAUUUACAAGCUCUUGGAGGACAUCAAAAUGCUCAUAAGAGUGAACGUAACUUAAAAAAAAUGGAGCAAAAGAAAAGAGAGGAAGAAAUGGAUUCCAUUAUAAGGUAUAAACUUAAUUUUUCAUACCCUUAUCCUUAUCCUUAUUCAAGCCCUAGUCACUAUCAAGGAUAUCCUUAUUUCCGUGACAACUUACAACACACAGUUCACUCUCAAAUGAAUAAUAUCAUGCCUUCUCUGUUUGGUUCUCCAUCUGGUGGUUAUGGAGGGAUGCAUAUGCCAAAUACACCCUCCUCAUUGCCUCCAUUUUUUAUGCAAGUUUCAAAGCCACAACUCACACGAAUGACUAAUUUUUUGGGUGGAAAUCAAGCUUCUGCACUUUCAAUUCCUCUAAGAUCAAAUAGUGUGGAAUUGAGACUCUCUAGUCAAGUUAAUCAAACUCCUUCAUCUAGUAAGGAUGCAGAAAGAAACUCAGAUGUUAAAUUUCUUUCUCAUGAUCUUCCAAUAAAAACUCAUGAUUUUAUUGGAGGAAACCAACUUUUAACUGAUGCAAAUGUGUCUUCAUCGUCCACAACUGAAUCAACAUUGGAGGAACUUGACUUGAAUCUCAAACUUUAA